AUAGUGUAUAUAUAAACUUGAAACCUAUCAGGAGUGGGGAUAAGAGGGCGUAUAUCGGGGACGGGGAGGUUGCCGCUCGACGAUAAAUCUUUCGCUCUGUCAAAACAGUGUCUCUCGCGCUCCAUCGCUAACGUCUCCCGCUCUCCCUAUCGCCCGACCAACCCUCCAUCCAUCCACCAUACUGUGAUUAACCUCUAUGGAUUUUUGACUGUGUCGUGUUUGUGCGUGUGAGCACUCCUCGAAAUUGUGCAACUUUCUUCGGUGUUUGUGAAAAUGAUGGAACUACAGUGACAAUGUGCACAACCCCGCCUUGCAGUAGUUCCCCGCCGGUGCCGCAUUACCUGUCGCUAUCCACCAUGCCGACCCUCAAGAGCCCGGCCGAGCCUGGGAGUCCCCCGAAUUUCCCGCCCGCCACCGCGGGAGUGUUCCCCCCGAUCGACCAGUACCGACUCCAGCUUUACAACUACGCCAUCCAGGCCGAGAGGUUGAGGUUCCAGAACUACGGACAGUUCCUGCCCAACGCCGGCUACCACCCUUACAACCCGCGACUGGCCCUGUCCAUGCCGCUCCUCCACCACCUCGCUCUCCAGCCGGAAGAACCCAAGCCGCAGCACAGCUACAUCGGUCUCAUCGCCAUGGCCAUCCUCAGCUCCCCGGAGAACAAGCUCGUGCUCUCGGAUAUCUACCAGUAUAUCUUGGACAACUACCCCUACUUCAGGACGCGGGGCCCCGGCUGGCGGAACUCCAUCCGGCACAACCUGUCGCUCAACGACUGCUUCGUCAAGGCCGGGCGGAGCGCCAACGGGAAAGGCCACUACUGGGCCAUCCACCCGGCCAACAUCGACGACUUCCGGAAGGGCGACUUCCGCCGGCGGAAAGCCCAGCGGAAAGUGCGGAAGCACAUGGGCCUCGCCGUGGAGGACGACGGGACGGACUCGCCGAGCCCGCCGCCGCUGACGUUGACGCCCCCGCCGUCGAUCUGGCCGCCGACGCCGGUCUUCCUCCAGCCGUUCCCGUCGAUGGCCUCGCGGAAGCGGCAGUUCGACAUGGCCUCCCUCCUGGCCCCGGACGACGGCGACAAGGAGUGCCCGCAGACGAAGAGGCCCAUGCUCGAGGAGGCCUCCCAGGAGGAGGAGGACGUGGAUGUGGUCAACGGCGAGUCCAACAAGGAGGAUCUGAGGACGAGUGUUCCUUCCUGGUUGUCGCCUGUCUUCCCGGUCGACCCGCAGGUUUUGGCCCGCUACUACGAGACCAUGGCCGCCCAGCAUCAUGCCAGGAGACUCCAAGCCCUCCAACAGCUGCAAGUCCGAAGACAAAACGAGGCCGAGUCACUCUCGGUCACCUCCGUAGAUUAGGUUAGUUUUUUUUCUUUUUCCUAAUUCACGCUAAAGACGCAAAUCAAUUCGGAAGGAUGCCCAAAUGGACUGUGUUCAGAUGGAUGAAACCAGGUUUAAUGUUCUUGUUCUUCGUUUGGAACUGUUGGUCAGUUAGGGCCGAAUCAAUAUUCAUUCCUCAAAAACAAUUCCGCUCCAAUCAGAAGCUUUAUAUUUUUUAUUUUCUUAUUCGCAUUUUCUCCAAUAAUAUCGCAACUUGUAUCUAUAUCUACAUGAACUACUCAAACGUUUUAAGAAACAAUGGUAUUGGAUACUACGGAUAAUCCGAAAGACCAGGCAUUUUUGAAUCCUCUGUUUUUUGUUUUAAAAAAGGGCCUCAUAUAUGAACGUAUCGGGGCCAAGGGAGGUUUAAAAAUGUUCUUAGAAUAUCAGCUAGAAGAUAAACAUUUCAACAAAUCUCCAGUAAAAUUCAACAGCAUAAUUUUAGAUAUGGAUCGCAAGGAAUUACCUACAAUGAUGAUGACCACGACCAAAAAUUAAAAAUAUAAAUACACACUGAGAAAAAACUAUGGUUAUAAUUAACAUAUUACUGGCUUACUGGUGUUCAAUAUGCACUCUUAAUUAGUAGUAGCCAUAACCAAUAAUGGUGAUAUUUUUACAGAGCAAUCGUACUUUUAAAAGUAUGCGGUAGCAAAAUUAACAUUUAAUGGUGAAAAUAUCUCUAUUAUUGGUUAUGGCAACUACUAAUUAAGAGUUCACAUUGAACACCACUAUUAUGGUAAUUAAAACCAUAAUUUUUUCUCAGUGCAGUUUUGCAGGCCUUGACGAUUUUGAGGUCGGUUCAUAUUUACCUCAUAAGUGAUCAAAUAUAACUGUUUCUACCAUAUUUUAUUUUUGAAAAAUUAUUUUUUUUCCUCGCAAUGAUCUAUUUCCGAAAUUAUUCCAUUGGAUUUUACUAAAUUUGCGUAAAAAUUGUCCUUUUUAUGAUGAAUUCCUUCUACCUCCUUUCAUCACGAUCGGAACCAUAUGGAGCCUCCUGAGGAGCUAUUUCAUGGAUGAUCAUGAAUACAGCCUUUAACUUGUAUAGAAAAUUCUGUUAGAUUCAAAUUCAGUCAAGUUGCACCAUCUCUUGAUUAAAAUUACUCUUGAGAAUUUUCAAAAAGAACACCCUUUGUUAUCUCUUGCAAGAAAAGGGGCCGCAGUCCACAGAUGUAAACUUCUCCAGAGAGCAAUUUGUGUGAAAUUGCGCGGGUCAAAAAAGUGGUUUUGGAAGUUUUGAUGUAAAGCGCUGUAUAAACUUCCCGGCUCGAAUUAAAAUUUUAAGAGGUUCUCUCUCCAAACCACAUUUUUGACCGCAAAAUUUCUAACCGUCACGGCUCCAGCUCACUUUCAAAUUUUAGGGAUUUUUGUUCUAAAAUGCUCAUAGAAUAUCCGUCAUUGUUUGAUUUUAAUAACUCAGCUUUGAAAUUCUGUGGAAUGAAGUAAAUCUUCCUGUCAACGGUCAUAUAUGCUGACUUAAUAGCUUUUAACUUUUUAAUGUGCCCUCAUUUUGCCGCGUAAGAAGAAAUGAGAGAAGUUCCGAAUGAGCUUAUUUUAUGUAUUCAUUUCAAAUCUCAGAGAUAAGCUGGCAAUCAUUCCAUAGUGCGUGAAAAUUAAAAUGUUAGGAAAAUCUUCACUUUAAAAAAUACUUUGAAAUUGAAAUUAAAGUGCAGUUUUGAGAAAUGGUUCAUCUCUCUUGAUGCUGUUUAUGUGAUUUACACUUAAAAGUUGAUGCAUUAAUUGUCAAUGGGAAGAAUGACGUUGACAUAAGAAUUACUUCCAUUAAUGUUGUUCCCCUCAAGUAAAGACAGGUUUUUUUUUUUGUCUCAUAACAUUUGCUCUAAAUUCUAGAAAACAAAUUAUUAAUCUCAAAAACACAUACGUUUUUCCGGUACCUUUCAAAAAUGAGGUACAAUUUUACAAAAAAGUAUAAGAUUUUGGGCAGAAACUUUGAUUAACUUUUUUAAUAUAGUUAAUACUUAAAUAAAUUGUCGAUCCUAAAUCCGCAUGGUGAAUAUUUGAGAUAAUUUAAUUAUCUUUGAUUAUUCUCUGAAUAUUUUUAUAAAUUUGCUACUUCUGGUAGAAUGUGAUCUGAACUUUAGAUAAAAGGACAGAAGUCCUAAUCCAAAACUUAUAUAAAUGUUGUGAGAGAUGAAUUCCACAUUACGGUAACACAGAAAAUUGUAAAGGCAGCAGUCUUAGCGUUUCAUAAAUUGGACACCGCGAACUUUUUCCAACUUCCAUAAUUUAUCAACUUUCAUGAAUCUGUUCCUCUUCCAUCGAUAGAAUGAGAAGUAUUAAAAAAAUGAACCUAUAGAUAUCUCACAUUUUUAAGUUGAGAAAUGUAUGAUUUAAUUUGUUUUUAGCGUGAGGUAAUAGCUCAGACAAGCUGAUAAUAUAAAUUUAAAGAAUAAACUCAAACAUUAGUUCUUAACUGCAGCUUAAAUCAUUUUUUUCAAUCGGAUAAAUUAAUUACCCUGUAUUUCAAUGUAAUUUCUCAUUAGCUGCUUACGAACUCAUUACUUUUCAGUUUGUACUACACAGAUUUUAGAUUCUUGUGUUACUCGUUUAUUUAUUUCAUUUAAUGGUUCACCAAGUAGGGUCUAAACUGGACCGAUCUUUGUAUGUGAAACACAAAAAUAUCGCAAAGAAAACGAAUCGCACAAAUAAAUAUGUUAAUUUGACUAACAAAUUGAAUAGUGCAUGUGUCUGGCUGCCAUAUACAAAAUUUAAUCAAAAUUCAUCCUUAAUCUAAGAUUUUUAUCAAUGCAAAAUUAUGCAUUGAAAAUAAUAUCAAAUUUUCCGCGGGGUGACCGUAAGUUUCGUUAUGAUUCACUGAGAAACGAUUACUGCUAUCUUCAAAAAUUGUUUUUAAAUUUUAUUUUUAAAAUGCAGAUUCAUUAUACCCCUCUUCUCCCUAACAUGUACCUGAACACACUUUUUGGCCUCUUCGGACGUUUUAAAUGUGUUUUCAAAACUCUUCGUAAGAGAAUUAAAUUGAAAUAUUUUAAGAUUGUUUUGCAAUCUUUUUCUGGUUUUCUCUCUUGUUAUUUUUCCUCUUCAAAAUGUGUUUGUCAACUUGUGGGGUUUGGUGUUAAAAUAUUCAUGAGAACAGCUUCCAAAAUAUUGUGAUUUUUGUUUUCUACGAUGGGACCAAAAUUUGUUUUCUGCCUUUUUUUUCAUGAGAGGAACAUGUGAGAUAAUCGAAACAAUCUACAUCGAUUUGAUACUUCUUUUUUGAAGAAAUGUAAUUUUUAUUGACAUCACUUUGAAAUAAAAUUUUAGUUGGCAAUAUUUUUUUUGGAGAACGUGAAUGUAAGAAACUCGAUACAACAAUUUUCUAAAUUAAGAAUACCUGGUCAAUUGAAGCACACAGCCAAAACUUAUUUCCACCUUUCUCGUAACGAUGAAUAUGAAUAUUCUCAAAGUAUUACAAUCCUGCCGAAAUUUUAAAAAAAUGUCUUUUGCGUGAAUGUUAUUUUAUAUGCUAGUCUUUUGCAAAUAAAAUGUUAUUAUGUAUAUAACAAACUAAUGAAGAAAUUGUGUGUAAAUUUGUACCAAAAAAAUAUUUGUAGAUACGACUUAAUCGACUUAUUAUAGAAAAAUGAAUUACUGAAGAGGACAUUAUGUUGGGGCAACGGGAAUUAAGUGAAAACUAUACACCGGAAAAAUACUUGUUCCCAAAACAAGAAUCCUUUUCAUAUUUGAUUCACAAGGACCCUUGUUUCCUUGUUAUUCACAUUAGACUGCACUGUCAAGAGAAUCAGAGUCUUGCUAUUACGAGGAACCUUCUCACUGAAACAUGACCCUCAUUUCCAUGACAAGAUAGCUCAAAGUAGUGGUGGUAACAGUGAAGUUUUUUUAAUGUAAGUAGAAAAAUAGACUCAAUGAUUGUUAUGCAUGAUGGAUGGUCCUUUCGGGAAGCUAAAUAUUUUAAUUUGUUUUCUUUAUCUCAUUGUAAAGAUUGUUUCUACAGUACUUUCCUUAUGAAAUGUAUAUAGUCGUUUUUAGAGAAUCGUACAGAGAUUUAUUUCAUGUUGUUUUUAUUUGUUCAAAUAUUCGUUACGCAGAUUACAUAUUAUAAAAUUAAAAAUUAUUGUAAAUAAAGUGUCAUAUGUAAAAGAAAAUAUUUCAGAAUACAUUUGUGAAACUUGCA